AUGUCUUUAAAGUUAAAGAAUAAGAAAGUUGGUUCAAAUAUGGGCAAGGUCCUUAAGAAACUAACCCAUCUUGCUGAAAACAUUACCCAAGUAGCAAACCAAGGGAAGGGUUCAGGAAAUGGGGACACUUUUGGUGAAGUCUUUAAGGGAGUAGCUGCAGCCAAACCACCCUUUUUCUUAGGAAAAGAGGACCCAGCUAGCCUUGAAAACUGGAUCCGAGAGUUCGAUAAGUUGUUUGAUGCAAUCAAGUGUCCAGACGAUAUGAAAGUUAGUAACGGUGCUUACUAUCUAAAAGAAGAAGUUGACUUAUGGUGGACGCAAAAGAAAGAGGAAUUGAUGAAAGACCCUAAUUUUGGCUGGGAGGAUUUUAAGGUAGCUUUGAGGAAAAAGUUUUAUCCUGACCAUUUGAGGAAACAGAAUUGUAUGGAGUUCACUAACUUAAGGAUGGGAACUAUGACUGUGAGUGAGUACUAUUCUAAGUUCAUAGAACUGAUGAGGUUUGCACCGGAAGUAGUACAAACAGAGGCUAUCAAAGCCCAAAGGUUAGAACAGGGGUUAACUUGGAAUCUGCAAGGAAAACUGGGUGGGGCAACCUUUGAGAGUCUAGAUUAG